CUCGCUAUACGAUUUUCCCCAUUAUUAUCUCCCUUUUGAGAAGAACAUACACAAAAACACGUGUGACAUAAAACAUGGGGAGAGAAAGGAGAAAAAAGUAUGAGAAAGGUGAAGCUACAGCCUUUAUGUCCAGAAAUCAGGCCAUCAACAAGCUUCAGCUGACUCUAGCAGACUUCAGACGUCUGUGUAUUCUGAAAGGAAUCUAUCCACAUGAGCCAAAGCACAAGAAAAGAGUUAACAAGGGAAGCACAGUUCACAAGACGUAUUACCUAGUCAAAGACAUCAACUUUUUGGCACAUGAACCAAUCAUCAACAAGUUCAGAGAGUUCAAGCACUUUGUGAGACGCCUGAAAAAAGCUAUCAAUAAACGCAACAAAGAUGCUGAGCAGAGAAUCCGUAACAACAAACCCAAGUACAAGUUAGACCACAUCGUCAGAGAGAGGUACCCCUCCUUCCAAGAUGCCCUUGGGGAUCUGGAUGACUGUCUGUCCAUGUGCUUCUUGUUUGGCACAAUGCCACAGGGGGCUCGAGUUCAUAUGGAAUACAUCAAUCAUGCCAGGAAACUUACAGUGGAGUUUAUGCAUUACAUUAUAGCGUCAAAGUCUUUAAGAAAGGUGUUCAUUUCCAUAAAAGGAAUAUACUUUCAAGCAGAAGUGAUGGGGCAACAGUUGACAUGGGUGGUUCCUCAUGGUCUAGGUUACCAGCACCCAGACGAUGUUGAUUACAGGGUGAUGCAAACGUUUGUGGAGUUUUACACAACAUUGCUGGGCUUCAUUAACUUUAAAUUGUACCAUAGUAUCAAUCUUCACUACCCACCCAAGCUAGAGCUCGAUGCAGCCACUCCAGUAGAUGAAAAUGAAGAAAACAUGACAGAAAAAGAAAGAUAUCAAGAGAGACUGUCGGCCCUGUCCCAAACCCUCAGGUCUCUUGACGAGGGCGGGGGAGAGGAGGAGGUGCAGUUAGAUGAGUUUCCAGCUGUGGAGACGGAUGACCCAGACAGAGUAGAGAAGGCCAAGGUAGAAGCAGAGAAAAUCAAAAAGUUACAAAACUUGUUCAAAGGCCUGAAAUUUUUCCUGAACAGAGAGGUACCAAGGGAAACAUUGGUAUUCAUCAUCAGGAGUUUUGGGGGAGAAGUUUCAUGGCACAAAUCCGUGGCUGUUGGUGCCACUUAUCCCGAGUCAGACGAAUCAAUAACGCACCAGAUAGUGGACAGGCCCCAGACCAAGAAUCAGUAUCUCUCCAGGUACUAUGUGCAGCCUCAGUGGGUGUUUGACUGUGUGAACAAUACUUCCCUCCUUCCCAUGGAGAGCUACUUCCCGGGAGCCACCCUCCCCCCUCAUCUGUCUCCAUUUGUAGAAGAGGCGGAAGGAGAUUAUGUGCCUCCGGAGAGACAGGCAUUGAUCAACAGACAACUAGGACUGCAGGAGGACUCGGGAGUAGAGGAAGAUGAGGAAGGAAGUGAAGAUGAGGAAGAGGAAGAGGAUGAAGAAGAGGAGGAAGAAGAAAGUGAGGAAGAGGAAGAAGAACCAGAGAAAGGUCGAGGAAAAAGAAAAAGAAAACAUGAGACUGAGGCAGCAACUGCAGAUCAAGCUAAGAAGUUGAACAUGUCAGUAGAGGCUGGCGCUCCUGAGAAUUUCAAUGUGGAACAAAAACUCCAGCGACAGACGAUGGAGGAAAGAAGACUGGCAGAAAUGAUGAUUCCAAAGAAAAAGAAGCGCCUGUAUGAUAAGAUCAUGUUCGCCAAGAAGAAGAAAAACCAGGAGACAAGGAAACUAAAAGAAAAACGGGAGGCCAUAGAGACGCAGAAGAAGUCUGAGAGUAAGAAAAAGAAGAAAAAGCAAUAACAAUCUAUUUGUGAUAUGGGGAAUGGGAUGGUUGGUGUUUGUUGAUAAUAAAAAAUGUCACACACAAA